AUGACCGACCUAACACCAACUCUCAAUAAGCUGCUUUCAAAGCAAGGCUCAUCUCUCCCUCAAACAAGAAAACCCUGCACAGAAACCGCCGACGAGUUCCUAAAGGAGGCAUACCGAAUCAACUCUCACAUCCAUUCACUACUUCAAUACCUCCAAUCAAUCCGGCACGCCUACCUCUCAACAACACAACCCCAACGCCGCAAUCAAAACACAAGAACACCCACCCCGAACCCGAAAAAUGCACUCCCAACACCAACCCCACAAGAAAACCUCACAGAUACAGAACGCGACGCAGUGGACACAUCAACAGCCCUCCUCCUCCGCGACCUAGCAAGCUCAAUCGCAAACCUCUCCUCCGCCGAAUCUCUCCGCCAAGAAACCUCUUCCACCCUCCUCCACAAGAAAUAUGGCCACUCCGCCGCCGGUGCUCUCCUCUGGCGCUGGGCCGGCGGUAGCGGCGCAUUAGAUAGCGCCAGCGCCGACGAGGGCAAGUCCGCUGAGCAGGUACGCGCAGAGGAGAAUGCAAGAUCGAUAGCGACGAUCCGCGAGAGCGUGCUUUGGUUCCUGCGGCGCGGGCUUGAGAGUGCUGUGAGUGUACAGCGGAGUAUGGUUGAAAAACGGAUCGAGAGGGUGCGGGAGAAGGAGAAGAGUGUGCUUUAUAAGGUUAGUGCGGGGAAGGCUGCUGGUGGUAGUGGGAACGGAGCCCGGAAGGGGUCUGUUUCUAUGUCUGAGAAGACUGGCACUGGAGUCGGGGGAGGAUUCGAUCCUGCUUUCCAGGCGCCUGGUGCGGCGGUUCUGAGUGAGGCGGAUACGGCGCGGAUCGAGGCGCAGCUUUCGCCGGAGCAGUUGCAGCUUUUUGCUGAGGAGAAUGAUUCUAUGCUUAAGCAUUAUGAGGAUACGUUAGGGAAAGUCCAAAACGCCGAGAAAUCUCUCCUUGAGAUAUCCUCUUUACAAGAAACGUUGGUUUCGCAUCUCGCUACGCAGGAGGAGCACAUUUCUCAGCUUAUCUCGGAUGUGGAUACGACGCAGAUGAAUGUCGGGCAGGGAAAUCGGGAGCUGAAGCGUGCUACUGAGCGACGGAGUACGGCUCAGGCUGUCUUCUGGGGUACUGUCGGGUUGUGUACCUGGCUUGUGGUUUGGGAUUUGGUCUUUUAG